CCUUCACGGCCUUUUUCCUGAUUUCCCAGGCGAAUUUCCCCCCGCAUUCUGCUUUCCUGGAGCCUCACCCCCUCUUUUUCUAACCUUUGUCUCUGCAGAGGUGGGCUACAGUCGCCGGCUGCGGGAGUGCGGGAUCCGCAGCGGCCUCGGCUCCCACCCGUUGCCCAACUUGGUCCCACCACCGCUUCGCUCCGACCUCGCCGCAGCGGCCUCCGGAACCCGCGGGGAGCCCGCGGGCGGGAGAGUCCGGAAGGAGCCCCAGGCGCCGAAGCCCCCUCCGGCGCCGACAACGCCUGCCAGGAGCAGCCGGCCUGCUCCAGGGGGUGCCGCCCCGCGGUUCCGACGCGGCUCCGUCUCCGACUUGAGCGUGUCCACGCUGCCCAGGGUGCACAUAGCCCGGCAGCGCCAAAUGGAUUACUGCAGCCUCCCAGGCCGACCCCCGCCUCCAGCUCUGCAGCCUCCGGGAGGUAGACGGAAAGCUGGGGCUGGGGACAGAUGAAGCGACGGCCACCUCCCAAGUGGACCUGCGCCCACCCAGCCGAUUCUGCACAAGGAAACACACAAAGGCCCGUUUUCUCCUCGCUUCCCGUGUCUGAAUCGGGCCAAGCAACCAGUUUGGGACCAGGAGGGGCCGCCGCUUGCGCUGGCCCCAACCCAGCGCAGCUCAGUGCCUGCAAGCAGAGCCUGCCUCAGGGGUCUGCAGCAGCAGGAGCAGCAGGAUGGAGAGGCCAGCCACCAGCCGGCCUCAGGGCCCAGGAAGGUGAACGUGCGACUUCUUGAAGACCUGGCUUUGUCAGUCAACCUGGCUUGCCCAGCAGUGCGAAAAAUAAUGGAUGGAGGAUAUUCCCCUCUUGCCUUUCUUCUGCCACUGAGAGAAUUUGCUCCUUUCUGGAAAAUACCACUUGAUAAGGGGGAGCUUCUAUUUGGAUCUGGAGAAGGGGAAUAAUAAAGCAGCCAUUUCUGGAAUGGAUUUUUUUUUUUCUUCCCUAAGAAGACUGUCGUGGCUCCUUGACUGUUUGGUAACCCCAGCUCUAGUAUAAGGAUGGGAAGCUUGUUGCUACAAAUUGCCACUAAGCUCUUCGGGCUACCUGAACUGUCUCUGAAAAUGCGGGUGGCUGUGUCGGGCUGGUGGUGGUUCGGAGGAAGAGGACAAGGCUGGCAGUGGUCUGGGUGCCCCAUUUGGGUGGAACCUGGAGGUAGUAACGUUGUCUAUAUAUACCCUGUAGAACCGAAUUUGUGUGGUAUCGACAUAGUCACAGAUUCGAUUCUAGGGGAAUAUAUGGUCGAUGCAAAAACUUCAUUUUUCUCCGAAAUAGCCUGAGUCGGAAGGAGAGGCCAGAAGCAGCCGGGGUGGGUUAGCUGCCUCUUCCUCUUUUGUUAGAUUGGAUUCCAGGAGGAUCAACUGAGCCUGGUGGCACAGAGCACCUUUUCUUCAAGAAGCCCUUCACCUCUCUACAGAGGUUCCUGUGUAAACCAUAGCUGGUUGCACGAAUUCAGGGCCAAAAGGCUAGGUUUUGGAGGACCGGGCAGUGAGGUCUGAGGCCAGGUAGCCCCAGCUUUGCCCUCAAGGAGCACAAGGUUGGAGGCUGCCCAGUGAGAGGCUCACUGGACAUUGACUGCCAGUGUGGGAAGAAGGCAAGCUGGAGAGAAGGAGUGCAGGGUCCUUUGGGAUCCAUUUGAGUGGGGUGGCGGUGCCCUCACUGUCUUCCUGGAGCGCCCCUUAGCUUCACAGGCUGAGGCAGUGGGAGACUCUUGUCAUACUCGCAAGGCCCGGCUUUGGCUAAAAACAUCCCAGCUUGGGCACUCACAGAAAGCUUUGUGGUUACUCAUUGCCUGAAUUGAUUCAGGCCAGUCAGAUUGUGGUAACUUUUGGGUGACCCUGAUGCAGACAAAGCCAGGACUCGGCCUUUGUAUGUCAGAGUCCCCGUUCCCGCGGCUGGGUUGGCGGGAGCUGAGUUGGCGGGAGCCCUGCCUGCUGGGGUACUCUGCUCAACUCAGAUGCUACCUCACCCACCUGCCUUUUGGUGCCCACACCCCGACACAUAUGGGGAUUCACUCCCCCUUGAACUGCGCCAACUUUGGGGGGCUUUUUUCAGGCGGGCGGUGAGUGGAAAGGGCACUGGAGGUUAGCACAGUCAGAGGCAGACAAAAGCUGGGAUUACCUGUGAGGGAUGAGGGUACUGGGGAUCAGAAGUACAUUAACAUCUGGUGAGGGCCCUCGUAUGUGCCACAGCGAGUCUCUUGAUUACACGUAUGUUAUUUAGUUAAAUUUGUGAAAAUUAUGAGAUGCUCACCAACCCGGUGAUAAACUCGCCUCCUCGCUAUUGGCUGGCUUGGUCACAUGGCCGCCAACUUUAUUCAGUUGACAGCAAGUAGGAGGGCCCUAUGGAAGGAGAAAAAAAGACAACACGAGAAAAAUUAGUAUUUUCUACCUUCUGAAAUUAAUGGCCAUGAGUUCGUAUAUGGUGAACUCCAAGUAUGUGGACCCCAAGUUCCCUCCGUGCGAGGAAUAUUUGCAGGGCGGCUACCUAGGCGAGCAGGGAGCCGACUACUACGGCGGAGGCGCACAGGGUGCCGACUUCCAGCCCCCGGGGCUUUACCCACGGCCUGACUUCGGUGAGCAGACCUUCGGAGGCGGCCCGGGUCCGGGCUCGUCGCUGCCCACCCGGGGUCACCCGCAAGAACCGGGAAGCCACUACGGCGCCCCGGGAGAGCCGUGCCCAGCGCCUCCUGCACCCCCACCCGCACCCCUGCCAGGCGCCCGGGCCUGCAGCCAGCCGGGCGGCCCCAAGCAGCCGCCCCCCGGGACGGCACUCAAGCAGCCGGCCGUGGUCUACCCCUGGAUGAAGAAGGUGCACGUGAAUUCUGUGAACCCCAACUACACCGGCGGCGGGGAGCCCAAGCGGUCCCGGACGGCCUACACUCGGCAGCAAGUCCUAGAACUGGAAAAGGAAUUUCAUUUUAACAGGUAUCUGACGCGGCGCCGUCGGAUUGAAAUCGCUCACACCCUGUGUCUGUCCGAGCGCCAGAUCAAGAUCUGGUUCCAGAACCGGAGGAUGAAGUGGAAAAAAGACCACAAGCUGCCCAACACCAAAGGCAGGUCCUCGUCGUCCUCAUCCUGCUCCUCCUCAGCUACUACCCCCGGCCAGCAUUUGCAGCCGCUGGCCAAGGACCACACGGACUUGACGACCUUAUAGAAGUGGGGACCCUGGGCCCAUCCCUCCCUGUGCUCCCGGCUGAGCCGAAGCUGCGGGGGCAGGCCGGGCCUGCUGUCACCUCGUUGGGCUCUAAGGUACUGUAGGGUGGGCCUGGGACAUGCAGGCCGCCCUCGGACUAGGUUAGCAUCCUGCCCGAGGGCAGCCCCCUCCCUGGAGCGGGUGCUGGGGGGGGGGGUGGAAGGGGGGCGGGAUUCUCUCUCUAAGUAUAUUAUCAUAUGGCAGGAGCUACUGAGAACACAAAACCUUGGUGAGUCAUUAAACUCAUGAAAAAUCUUAUGCUGUUGGAUCUUGAAUUUGCAAGUGAAGGUUGAAUGCUUUAUCCCAGUGUGAAUUUGAGCAUCCUCCCCCACCCCACCCCUCCAGGGAUCUUUGUGGUUUAAUAAUGUGGGGGAGUUGAGGCAGCAGGUUGACCACCUCUGUGCUAAGUGGAAGCAGGAGAGCUGGGCUAGGAUUUCUGAACUUUCUGGGUUGUCUAUUUAAUUUCCAGUGUGAAGAAAAAAAAACAUAUAUAUAUAUAUAUAUUUUGUUCCCAUUGGCCCCAUGCCCAAAGAAAUGAGUCUAAGAAGGAAGUGGAAACGUGUUAUUUUAUGUUUAGAUUAUAUUUGCUUAAAUAUUUAUUUGCUGGGGAAUGGGGUACAGGAAUAACUGACAUCUUAGUGCCAAAACCCUUAAGAUGGUGAAAGGGGCUGAGUUUCAGGGAGCAGAAUCAGAGAUGUGUGGACUUCUGGCUGUAACUGGUAUUUUGAACCCCACCCCCUCCCUAUUCCCCAGAAAUGUGGCAGGGGUGGGGGCGGGGGCCCUUAGCCCUACUAGAGGGAAGCAAAGGGUCCACUCUGAGCUGAGUUCUUGAAAAUAUGUUUCCACAUGUGCUUUUUUCAGCACUGUGCUACAAUGAGUUCUGAGUGAUUAAAGGAAAGAGGAAAAAAAAAAAAGAAACAAAUGGUCCAACAUUUUUCUUCUGGGGAAAGAAAACAAAACCUCUAUGUUCUGGGUCAUUAGAUAAUGGCUGAAUUUUCUGUUCCAACUGAAUUCCAAAUGCCCAAAUAGCCCAUAUAGUAAUAUUUUCAUAGGAAUUGGUAUAUGGCCUAUAUGGGAGAGGGGCUAUUGAGGGGGCAGAGAAGGUGGGAAGUAGAGAAAGUCUUACUUUAAAAAAAGAAAAAAAAAACUAAUUGAAUCUAGAAGUCCACAAGAGUUGGUCUCAGGGGUUUUCCCCUGAGGUUUUUAUUUUUAAAACAAAUCUUGAAGAAGUUUUUCUCAACCCAUUAGUUAGAAGCAGAAAUUGUAAAAGUACAAAAGUUGUCAGGCUCUCUUCCUUGCUUUGGGAAUAGUGGUUUAAAACAAUCCUUCUCAGACAACAGGAGAGGUGUUCUUCAGUCAUUUCUCUAAUGCCUUGCCUGGUAAGGGUUCAAAGCUCGUUUUUCUAAAAUGCUGACCCUUAGGGAUAAGGGAGAAAGAGUCAAAGGUAAUGACCAGAGUUCACAUACCCAAAUGGAACAAGUCUUCGAAAGUUUAAACCCCAAAGCCUGAGGCUCCAAAAAGAAACCCCAGGUUGUAGCUAUCGAAAAGUGAUAAAAGUGGAGAGGGAGAAAGAGUGAGCUUGAGAGACUCAGAAUUGGGGUUAGUUUUUCAAUGAUUCAGGAUACUUUAGAUGGUCUCAGUGGUAAUUUAAAAAUAAAUUUAAGUGUAGGCGAAAGAAAAGACUUUUCUCUGCAGUCGUGUUCUUUGGUUCAGUGUCUCCUGAGAGCUGAGGGCAGGUAUUCACUGGAGUCCCUAGGCUGAAAUUCCACUUCUCUAAAGUAUCCUCCAAGCCUUGGUCUUUUGUAUUAGACCCCGGGGACAGCUCUUUGUUCCUCUUUGGGGUGAGCCUGGCUCUCAGACUUGCACAUGGCAAUACUUGAAUAUCAGCAUGUCGGGAUAUUAAAGAUGGAUAUUCCUGCAUUAUUCACAUCAUUGUUUCUAUGACAAAAAGCACAGAGUUCAUACAUAGUCAAGAUGUCUUUUUUCUGACGCCCUCACGUUGAGAGGCUGAAAAGGUAUUUUACUGAAGUUCGGGGCUAAAUUACAGAAUCAGGUUCAUCCAGAGGACAAAUUUUCUAUUCGAUUAGCUGUAUUUCAGCCGGGAGGACUGACCUCUAAACCCUUAACCUUUUGGACUCUAACUACCCUUCUCUUCUUUUUUCCCUCGAACAUGGAGAGUGGUCUUUGGAUGUAGCAUUUGAAAAGAGCCGCUAUCCUCAGGCAAGUUGAAAAGUUGCUAAGAUUCCUUCCUUAAACCCAAAUCUGUGAAUACAUGUAACUUCUCCUUGGGAGGGGAGAGAAGUGUAUAUUUUCACAGCAUCCAACUAUAUAUACAGGGAUGGGCAAAAGUGGGUUUACAGUUGUAAUACAAAUGAACAAUACAAUAAUUAAUAAACAGUAAUACAAGAAUAAACUCUGUACUUCAUGUACUCACAACUAUAAACCUACUUUUGCCAACCCUGUAUAUUAUAGAGAUUAUUAUAUAGAUCUUCUCCCUUCCUAAAAAUUCAGGUCACUUACCCUAGCUUUAGACCAAAUGCCAAAAUUACUUAACUGGCUUUACCCCUGUCCCAGCAGAAAGCCAAGUGGCAUGUUUUGAUGAAGAAAAUCCAAGCUCAUUCUCAAACAUAGCCCCAUUACUUAGGAAAGUAACUUAAUCAGAGAAACAACUUCUUUGUUUAUAAGUCCUCAGCUAUCCUUCUCAGCUUCCAGGGAUUGCCUUUUGAAAUGUUAAUGGAGCAUGGAUGGCCUGGAGGGCAGCUCAAGACCCUGGGGUCCCAACUGGACCCCACCGUCCAUUUGGGCCUACAGGAAUGGGGCAGAGGAGAAUCAGGGCCCCCCAACCACCUAGGGCAGGGAAGGAAAUGAAUUUCCAUCUGGGAACGUGCUCUGUAGAAAGCUGGAUGUAGAAAGGUUCAGUGCCCAUUUGCUUGUAUUUGUUUCUAUUUUAUUCCCCCAAAUAUGAGCCAGAAGUGUUUGUUUUGGUGUUUUUUUUAAAGCUGUCUUGGGGUCGUGACUAGGGGGAAUGAAGUGUUUGCUGAGGACUUUGCCCCUCAGACCCCCAUCUCACUCUGUCCACUGCAGGCUUUUGUUGGGAGAAGACAUUGUCAGUCAGCCCAUGGUGUCUGUUUCACACAAGGUACUUUUUAAAUAGAAUCGACCAAUGUUCUGCUGCCACUGAUUAAAGUAUUAUUUAUACUAAUUGUUGCCUGUAGUUUUGAUGUAAUUCAUUGAUCUAUAUUUGAAAUAAUAAAAGGUAUAGCAAAAUCUC